AUGUCCCCGGUGCUGCCCUUUCACAGCCGGCGGGCCGAGUGGCUGUGGCUCGCCCUGCUAAUGCUGGCCUACCUGCCCUGUGUCUGGGCUGCCACCUAUAAAGUGGCUAUUGUGGGCCCCUGGGCAUGCGAUCCACUCUUCUCCAAAGCCCUCCCCGACCUAGCGGCCCGCCUGGCCACCAACCGCAUCAACAAGGACCCCAACAUCAACAAGGGCUACUGGUACGAAUACAUAGUGGUCAACGAGGACUGCCAGACCUCGCAAGCCCUUGCCCGAUUUACAGAGCUGGAGGGCCAUGGCUCGGCCUUCCUAGGCCCCACCAACCCAGGCUACUGCUCAUCAGCGGCCCUGCUGGGGAAGAACUGGAACAAGGCCGUGCUGUCGUGGUCCUGUCUGGACCCUGACAUGAACAAGGACAUGUACCCCACCUUCCUGCGCCCGAUGCCUCUCUCCGCCCGCGUGCUCUUCUCCGUGCUCCGCUUCUUCCGCUGGCCGCACGUGGCCAUCGUCACCUCGGAGGGAGACCUGUGGGAGGCCACAGGCCAGGAGCUGGCCUCGUCGCUGCGGGCCCUGGGCCUGCCUGUCCGCACCGUGGUCACCAUGGAGGAGGAUGAGGACGGCCCCCGUAGGGCCCUGCAGGCGGUUCGGCAGACGGACAAAGUUCAAGCGAUCAUCAUGGUGAUGCACUCUGUGCUGAUUGGUGGAGAGGCCCAGCGGCAGCUCCUGGCCGCAGCCGUGGACAUGCAGAUGAUAGGCGGCGGCUACGUCUUCUUCUCCUACGACACCCUGUUGUACUCUCUUCCCUACAAGGACACGGUGUACCCCAUCCUGGCCAAUGACACGAAGCUGCGCCGGGCCUAUGACGCAGUCCUGACCGUCACCAUGGAUUCCGGGGAGCGGAGCUUCUACGAAGCCUUUAAGGACGCCCAGGAAACAGCUGAGAUCCCUACCAGCACUCCACCCGAACAGGUGUCACCGUUCUUCGGAACAAUAUACAACUGUCUGUACUACAUCGCCAUGGCGGUGGAGCAGGCCCGGCUGGAGACUGGAGGGCGCUGGGUGACCGGGAGGGCACUGGCCAGAAGCCAGGGCGGCUUUGAGUUUAAGGGCUUCAACCAGCCCCUGUCAGCCGGCAGUGAGGGGGAGGGAAUGCAGAGUCGAUACGUGGUCCUGGACACCGACGGGAGCCGGCCAAUGCUGCAUUCCACACACCGGCUGGAGGCGUCGCACACGUAUGGCUCCCUCGGGGGGCUCAAGUACCUGGGCCGCUCUAUACACUUUCCUGGGAGGUCCCCCGGCACCGAGUCCAGCUGCUGGUUCAACCCCGACGUCGCCUGUAGUGGGGGCUUGGAUGGGGUCACUCUCUUCUUAUUGUUCUGUAUCCUGAUAGGGGGAUGUGCGGUACUUGCCUUUGUUUUCAGACGGAAGUUGAGCCAGGUGGUGCCAGCACUUGGAGGAGGGGGUGGAGGUCUCUCCAAAUUGAUACUGACUUUGGAUGACCUGAUCUUCAUCAACACACAAGUUAGCAGGAGGAAACUGAAUGAGGAGAGUGUGCUGAAGAGUAUGCUGGAUGUGAAGACUCCCUACCGCUCUGUGUCAGGUCGCAGCUACAUCCACUCAACUCCUGAGAACUCCAACACUGCCCUCUAUGAGGGGGAUUGGGUCUGGUUGAAGAAGUGCCCAAAUGGAGAAAAGGUGACCAGUAUCAAUGACGCCACAAAGACCAUCUUCAACAAGUUGCGGGACAUGCGUCACGAGAACCUGAACCUGUACCUGGGGCUGUUCAUGGACUCGGAGAUCUUCGCUAUCGUGACGGAGCACUGCACCCGCGGGAGCCUAGAGGACCUCCUCGGCAACAGCGAGAUGCGCCUGGACUGGAUGUUCAAAUCCUCCCUGCUCAUGGACCUUAUCCGGGGGAUGAAGUAUCUCCAUAACCGCAGCAUCAUCCAUGCCCGCCUCAAGUCCCGUAACUGUGUGGUGGACGGGCGCUUUGUGCUGAAGGUGACGGAAUAUGCCUUCAAUGACAUCAUGGAUGCACAGAACAUGGUGACAGCCGUUAACAGGCCUGAGGACCAGCUGUGGACAGCCCCGGAGCUCCUGCGGGACACGGCAAAGGAGCGGAAGGGCUCCUUCCAGGGUGAUGUGUACAGCUUCGCCAUCAUAAUGCAGGAGAUCAUAUCCCGCAGCUCGCCCUUCUGUAUGCUGGACAUGCCCGCACAUGAGAUCAUCGAAAAGGUGCGAUCGCCUCCCCCGCUGUGUCGGCCCUGCGUGUCUGUGGAUGAAGCUCCAGUCGAGUGCAUCCAGAUCAUGAAGCAGUGCUGGAGUGAGGAACCAGACAGGAGACCCACCUUUGAGGAGAUCUUCAGCCAGUUUAAGAACGUGAACAAAGGGAAGAAGACAAACAUCAUCGACUCCAUGCUGCGCAUGCUGGAGCAGUACUCCAGUAACCUGGAGGACCUGAUCAGGGAGAGGACCGAGGAGCUGGAGGUGGAGAGACAGAAGACGGACAAGCUGCUGGCUCAGAUGCUCCCCAGGUCAGUGGCCCAUGCCCUGAAGACAGGGAAGCCUGUUCAGCCAGAGCACUUCCCUGAUGUCACUCUGUACUUCAGUGACAUUGUGGGUUUCACCACUAUAUCUGCCCUGAGUCAGCCCAUAGAGGUGGUGGACCUGCUUAAUGACCUCUACACACUCUUUGAUGCUAUCAUUGGCGAGCAUGAUGUCUACAAGGUUGAGACCAUUGGAGAUGCCUACAUGGUGGCCUCAGGCGUCCCCAACCGCAACGGCAAACGACACGCAGCCGAGGUAGCCAACAUGUCCCUGGACAUCCUGCACAGCAUUGGGGCCUUUACGAUGCGACACAUGCCUGACCUCAAGGUCAGAAUCCGCAUCGGCCUGCACUCCGGUACGGUUGUGGCAGGAGUUGUAGGUCUUACAAUGCCUCGGUACUGUCUCUUUGGAGACACUGUCAACACGGCCUCCCGAAUGGAGUCCACAGGGUUGCCUUACAGGAUCCACGUUAACCAGACCACUGUGGAUAUCCUACAUAGUUUAAAACUGGGCUACAAAGUGGAGUUAAGAGGCAGAACAGAGCUCAAGGGGAAAGGAGUAGAAGACACAUACUGGCUGGUCGGGAGAGACGGGUUCAACAAACCCCUACCCAUACCCCCUGACAUGUCCGGGAAGAGUAGUCACGGAAUCAGUCUGGAUGAAAUUCCUGCGGACCGGAGACAGCAGUUCCUUGAACGACAGAAAAUGAUGGGAUUCUAACCGGAUAGUAAUUAGUUAAAUGUUUUAAUCGCAAUUAACUUGUUAACCGACAGUAGGAUAUCCGUUUCCUCCUUCGUCUCCCCUGUGGACUAAGAGUGGGGAAAGAGGGGAAGGGAGAGUUGGUGGCAUAUAGGGUGCACCACUUCUGCCACACAGCGCCCCCAUCAUACCUCUCUGUAUUGCGCCAAAGUCACGCAACAGCAAUGAUGGACAUAUUAAGACUAACUC